AUGAAAAACAAGGACCGUCAGUUAAUGAUAAUGCUUUUUAUUCAAGUAUCAUCAAUAACAUUAUUAUCAUUACCAGUAUCAGUAUUGAGAGUGUAUUCAAUAUCGACAAUGACAAUAGUUAAAAGUAUACAGCGACAACAAAUUGAACAAUUUCUUGGUGUGUUGUUGAAUGUGUUAUCAUUAAUGAUUACUGGAUCAAGUUUCUUCCUGUUCACUCUGACAGGUACGAUAUUUCGAGAAGAACUUAAACGUUUAAUAUUCAAGUGUUUACCAAUGAAAUAUACAAACAAUGCAACAGCGGUGUCCAAAACAAGAAAACAGGAAGCAACUUAG